CUCCCGGAAAUUCUUGACUUUCCCUUCCGGGAACCCUCUCCGGGGCUGGCGGCGGGGUGUGUAUUAUGAUUUUCUCAUUUUGUUUUUGGUAAAUUGACGCCAAGGUCUGGCUCUGGGCACUGAUGUACACGAGAGAUCCUCACUUAUUUCACUUAAGCGAUGGAACCAUACAUUAAAGAACAGCAAUCAUCCUUGGGUCUUUGGUGUUCCUGUUUGUGUGAAAGAAUCUAGGAUGUUCCAAGAAAAGGCAUCAGCCAAUUGCUUAAAUAUAGUAACAACAUCUACUGAAGAUGGUGCUUUCCCAAAAACAGGCCACAGUGCUCGAGUCCUUAGCCCAGAAGAAGCAGAAAAACUGGCAAAAGAUCAGGUUUUGGUGUCUGAAUUCAAACAAUUAAAACUGGAGAAAGAGGCACAGAAGAACUGGGAUCUAUUUUACAAAAGAAACAGCACCAACUUCUUCAAAGACAGACAUUGGACAACCAGAGAGUUUGAAGAGUUAAAGGCAUGUCGCGAGUUUGCAGACCAAAAACUGACCAUUCUGGAAGCAGGCUGUGGGGUUGGGAACUGCUUGUUUCCACUCUUAGAAGAAGAUCUGAAUAUUUUUGCGUAUGCCUGUGAUUUCUCUCCUAGAGCUGUUGAGUAUGUGAAGAAAAAUGCCUUAUACAGUAGUGAAAGAUGUAAAGUGUUCCAGUGUGAUCUUACCAAAGAUGAUCUUCUAGACAAUAUACCAGCAGAUUCCGUGGAUGUUGUCACACUUAUAUUUGUGCUUUCUGCCAUUCAUCCUGACAAAAUGCAUCUUGUCCUGAGGAACAUUUACAAGGUAUUAAAACCAGGCAAGUGUGUCCUGUUCCGAGAUUAUGGCCUGUAUGAUCAUGCAAUGCUCAGGUUUAAAUCCGGCAGCAAACUUGGGGAAAACUUCUAUGUCAGACAAGAUGGGACAAGAUCUUAUUUUUUUACUGAAGGAUGAUGGGAAUGUUGGAUGUUUGACCACUACAGUCUUGGCAUGAGCCACAGCACAUCAGAGAGAAGACCCAAGGGAAGCUCUGGCUCUGUGUACACACUGGAUUCCCUUAAUGGACAGCAGUAAGAGUAAACACUUGGAUUUGGCUGAUUUGGUUUUUGGUUUGUUUUUAUUUUUUCUCCCCCCCUUUACAUGAUUUCUUCUGCUGUGAGGAGUGAAGAUGUUGCAAACAACCCAUCUGCGUUUUUGCAACACCUCCUCUGUUCCUUGAUUAUUUUGGUUUGUUGGUGUCACUUUGCAUGUUUAUACUAUUUUCAAAUGUUUAUGUCACUCUCUUCCCAUAUUUUGGUUUUUUCCUCGAUUGCUUUAUAGCAUUUGGAAGAACUUGACUGCUUUUCUCUUGCCUCCUUUUUUACCUCAGAAAUGUUAAUUUUUAUCUUCUAUUUUCUCUACCUCUUAUUUUUAUUUCAUAAAGAGAUACGUGAUUUUUUUUUCACCUGCAGCCCCACAAAGGAAGCUUCUUUCUUCACCACAUCUAAACUUUCCAUUUUUAUUACCUUUUGAGAAAUUUUCUAACAAAAAAAUGGGGUUAAAUUAAUAGUGAUACUUUAAAGGUAGAAAUAUAUUCCUCAUCUGUUCAAAAUUACUUGUUAUCCACCCCUGUGAUUAGGGAGACACUAAUCUGAAGUGCUCUGCUAGACAUGGGCCACGCAUGUACAUACUUCUCGUAUGAAGUUCUUUUUUACUGACAACAAAAGGAUGUGUCUUCAGUACGUCUUUUUCUGCUGCAUUCAGUAGGCACAAUGGUUGCCCACUUAGCUGCCACACCGUUGAAAUCUGGGUUUCAUUUGAAUUUUCAAGGUUGUUGAAAGUGCCUUUAGUAUUCUUCUCUUCUCCCUUUCUCCCUGCCUUUUUAUUUUUCUUUUCUCUCCAUAGGCAUGUCAACCUCCAGCAGAGCCUGAAAAAAGAGGAAAGAAAAAAAGAAGGGGGAGGGAAAUUAAAAAAGCCAGCAAGGUGUCCUUAGCGUUUCCCUGCACCUGGAA